AUGCUCUUCUCAUCUUUGCGGUCGACGACAUGUUUGUUGAUCUCAUCUGUACUGAUUGAUCAUGUCAACGCUAAACCAUAUGUUCUGCACCACAGGACAAAUGUCUCGUACUCAGGAAUUACCUCUAGCACAGGGGUGGAAACUUUCCGGGGGAUCCGAUAUGGUUUGGAUACGGGUGGUGAAAACAGAUUUGCACCUCCCCGAGCUUUCGUCCCUCCCCACGGCUAUCAUCACAAUGCUACGACUGCGGGUUUUGAUUGCCCUCAGCCUUCAGACUCGGGUUUCUUGUUCCAGACAAAUGUCACAAAUAUUUCAGAAGAUUGUUUGAAUCUCAAUAUUGCCAGACCAUCUUGGGCGAAAGCUGGCUCAAAGUUGCCAGUCAUGGUUUACAUUUAUGGAGGUGCAUUGAUUGACGGGACCGUCAACGAAAGGACCAUUGCACCCGAUGGAUUUAUCCAUGCAUCAGUUGCAGGCGGUGAGCCUGUGAUCUAUGUCGCAAUGAAUUACCGUCUCAACAUCUUCGGGUUUGCAGCUUCUGAAGCUCUGAGACCGGACAGGUCUCUCAAUGUUGGUCUCCGAGAUCAAAGAUUGGCUCUUGAAUGGAUCCAACAAAACAUUGAAAUGUUUGGAGGAGAUAAAGACCAAGUGACAAUCUACGGACAGUCCUCGGGAGGUUUAAGCGUGGGUAUGCAAAUUCUCGCGUACGGAGGCUCAAGGCCUGUACCCUUCCACGCAGCUAUAAUGGAAAGUACUGCACUCGAGCCAACUAUGUCAUCCAAUAUCAGCUUCAACUCCACCGCCGCAGUUGCUGCUUUUGCUGGAUGCAAUACUACUGAUGAUCAAUCCAUGGCUACGAUUGCCUGCUUACGAUCACUCUCCAUGGAGACUCUCUUGAAACUCAUGAUUGACCAAGAAGUCGACAGUGCCGACAGCCAUGACGGAGAUAACUAUCUCCCGAUUGUUGACCAAGACUUCCUUCCUCAAAAAGCAUCGCAGCUCCUCGCACAAGGGAAAUUUGCCAGAUUGCCUAUUGUUGGUGGAUGGAUGGAAGACGACGCCACACUCUUCACAACGACCACCAUUGAAAGCGCAAAUGACACAAGAGAUUUCCUAUCCAAUAUAUACACAGCCGUUAAUACCACUACAUUUGACGAGCUUUUGGAUCUGUAUCCUGUAUCCGAAUUCCAAGCUGAUCCCAGCGCAAACUUAAGUGCCGAGUUCUAUCGCUGCGCCCAGGUCUUUCGCGAUAUCUUGCUCGCCUGCCCCACUGUCCUUUUCAGCCAAGCCAUGGCUAAAAAGUACAACACUACAAACCCACCAUCAUAUAUGUACGUCGGCAAUCAGACAAUCAUGACCUCCUAUCUCGAUGCUACGGGUGAGGCUGGGUUUGGGGUUAUCCACACUAGUGAGCUCGCGUAUCUUUUCAACAAUAUUGAUCUCUUCAACAUCACGAAUCUCGACCUUCCGGGUUAUGUGUUUGAGCCCACGGAAAGUGAUUACGCGUUAGCGAAGAGCUUGCCAUUGUCGUGGAUUUCUUUUGGAAAGUACGGGAACCCGUCGAAGAUUAAUGGAUCAAUGGCAGGGUGGACAUCUGCCUGGCCCACUAGAAAAGGGGAGGCAGAGGUUUUUGUCAUAGGGGGUGGAAACAAGGGGAUGAGUAAGCUUGGAAGUGAUGGGUUGAACAGCGGAAUAGUGGGGGAGAGAUUGGUGGAAAGAUGUGGCUUCUUGGGGAGAGAGGAUGUGAUUGAACAGUUCCAGUUUUGA